AUGGAUGACUUGGAGCGAGAAGGUAUAAAUGAGGAGCUGAUUCAGUUUGCCAUCCGAGAGAGCGUUCAAGAUGCCUUCAAGCUGCCACGUUCAGCACAAACACACAGAAAAGAACCAAACAGUGAAGACUUUGUGAAGAUAAUGGCGGCCAUUUAUAAAGGUGAUGUGUGUGCACUGCAGGAGCUGUCAGGUUGUGUGUCGGCCUUCAGAGUGAGCGACAGCAGCGCCCGGCUGCCUCUGCACGUAGCAGCUGUGCAGCCGCAGCCUGAGAUCCUGCAUGCAGUGCUGCAGGUGGUGAUGACCUCCACAGAGCUGACCCUGGAGCAGCAGACGCAGGACGGGGACACGGCUCUAACUCUGGCGGUGGAGGCCGGCCUGGUGGACAACGUCAGGAUGCUGCUGCAGCACGGAGCCUCACCACACAGCACCAACAGCAGGAACGAGUCUCCUCUGCUCAUUGCCGUGAGAGAAAGGUCAUAUGACAUGGCUCUAUCCCUCAUCAUGGGAGGGGCCCAUGUGGAGCAGGUGUGUCUCACUAGGUGCACGGCCAUCCAUGAAGCUGCAAAGGUGGGUUGUCCAGCCAUCGUGGCGCUGCUGCUUCGACAUGGAGCCAAAGUGACGGGCCGAGACGGACACGGGGUCACGCCUCUGGGGGUGGCGGCUGAAUACGGCAACACUGAAGCGUUGGACUUGCUCAUACAGAACGGUGGCGACGUGGACGCCCAGGCCAGCAACGGAGACACGGUCCUGUAUGACGCGUCGGGAUCUGGAAACCUGGACUGCAUCAAGCUGCUCCUGCAGCACGGAGCCAACCCAAAUGUGGCCAGCUAUGCCUGCCAGCUGCCCAUCCACAGAGCCGCAUACGAAGGACACACACUAGCCCUGAGGACUCUCAUCCCCAUCACCACAAAGCGAGCGAUCCGUCUCUCAGGCCAGAGCCCCGUCCACUCAGCAGCUGACGGGGGACAGGUUGAGUGUCUGGAGCUGCUCAUACAGAGAGGAUAUGAUGUCAGCGCCCUGUUGCACACGCACAUCUCUGAGAACUACGGGGACCUCAGGAAGACACCUCUGUACUUCGCCGUCUCCAACGGUGACAUGACCUGUGCCGAGAUGUUGCUGGCGGCUGGAGCGAGAACCGACCUGGACCCGCUGCAAUGCAUCCUGGUCGCUGUACGAGCCGAGAGGUUCGAGCUGGUGCGUCUGCUGUUGUCCUACGGAGCCGAGGUGAACUGUUACUUCAGGGUGAUCAGUAACACAGUGUUUCCCACGGCCCUGCAGUACUGCCUCAGCGACCAGGUCAUGCUGCGGCUGCUGCUCAACAGCGGAUACCACGCUGAUAAGUACGAAGAGCUUCUAAAACACUCUGCGAUUACAAUACGUCUGUGGUACAACGCCCCUGCUAGGUGUUUCCAGUGUUGCCAUGCCGACGGUGAAGAAAUGGACAGUACCUGGAUUGACCUCCAUAACCAAGUCUACCAAAUUUACAGUCAACCUAUUGUGGUCCCAUUCUGUGAGUUUGUGUCGGUGUCGUGGCUCACCCACCUGGCCGGCAGCGUGGUGAGGAUGCUCCUGGACUACGUCGACUACGUCAGGAUCUGUCCGGACCUCAGACACAUCCUGGAGAGGAGGCCGGAGUGGGAGGAGAUAUCUGACAUAAUGAGCAAACCUCGGUCCUUGCAGCACUUGUGUCGCUUGGUGAUCAGACGUCACAUGACCCUCAGGGCGAUGAACGACCCCAAAGCCAUGGCUGCUGCUCCUUUUCCUCCGAGACUGAAGAGCUUCCUGACCUACAGAGAGUACGACCUGUACGCUGACCUCUCCUCUACGCGAUGUGGAGCGAUGACCCAGAGCACUGCCUCCCAAAAAAGACGCUGCAUCAUGGGGCCCGCACUUCGCUAUGCUCCCCUCUGA